AUGAUUUUUACUAGGUUAGCAACACGUCAGUUAUGUCUGUUAGCAUCAAUAUUUCUAACUGGAGUUGGCUUUAUCGGUUCAAUUAUAUUAAUUAUUAUUUGGCAAGUUAAAUUGACACCAUUUCGAGAUUAUGGAGUUGUUAUUGAUGCCGGUUCCUCACAUUCAGAAAUAUAUUUGUACAGUUGGCCAUCGGACAAAUCAGAUGGAAUCGGACUAACAUCUACAGUUAAACAAGAAAAUGCUUGGCCUGUUCCGAAUGUUGGAGGAAUAUCAGGAAUUUCUCCGGGUACUGUGGAUACUAUUACAAAUUAUUUUCAAUCGACAAUACAAAUGUGUCUGAAUGCCAUUCCAAAUACACGAAAAAGUCGAACACUCAUAUUUUUAGGUGCAACAGCAGGUAUGAGAUUACUUAAUAUUGAAAAUCCAACAUUAUCAAAUAAUAUACUUCAAUCUAUUCGAACAUAUUUUUCACAGUUACCUCUAUUAUUUAUUCAACCUGAAAUUCAAGUUCGUAUUAUUAGUGGUUCAGAAGAAGGUUUAUCUGGUUGGAUUACUGCAAACAUUUUAUAUAAACAACUUUAUUUAAAUAAUAAACCAUCAGAAACCUAUGGUAUUAUGGAUAUGGGUGGUGCAAGUACACAAAUAUCAUUUAUUGAUGAAAAUGAUCCAGGACAUCCAUCUGAUGUGGCAACUAUGAAUUUAUUUAAUACUGAUUAUAAGGUUUAUUCUCAUAGUUAUUUAUGUUAUGGUCAAGAUCAAUUACGGUAUGCGUAUUGGCGAAAUCUAAUUUACAAUACAACUAGUCCAACUCCAUUAACCGAUUUUACAAUGAUUAAUGAUCCAUGUUUACAAAGUAAUUAUACAUUGUAUAAUGUUUCACAGUCAUUAUUAUUCAAUAACGCAUGUUCAAAGCAAAAUUCUACAAUAAAUUCAAUAUAUUUUAAUUUUGUUGGAACGGGUAAUUAUAAUUUAUGCUAUGAAAAAAUUCGGUUUUUGAUCGAUAAAACAAAUUGUACUCAAAUUCCAACAUGUUCAUUCAAUAAUGUCUAUCAACCUAUUCCGAUAUCAUCAUCAAAUAAACUCGUCGGUAUAUCAUCAUUUUAUAAUACAUUCAAUACUCUUGCUGGCGAUCAAUUAACUUCCUUGUCAACCGGAAUAUAUUCACUAAAUUCAUUCAAUUUUACAUAUAUAAAUUCGAUUAUCAGCAAAGUGUGUAAUACACCAUGGUCAGGUAUAAAUGUUGAUGGUUUUCGUCAAUAUUUAUGUUUACAUUCAACUUAUCAUUGGUUAUUAUUACAAUAUGGCUAUAAUUUUACCGAUGCCAAUUUGAAUAAUCUUCAAAUAGUACAAAAAAUAGAUGGUAAUGAUAUUGGAUGGACACUUGGAUACAUGAUAAAUCAAACAAAUUAUAUUGACAAAGAACUUCGACCAUUUAGAAUGUUAACGGUAGCUGAAUUUGGUGGACUAUUAUUUAUGUUUUUAUUUCUUUUUCUCAUAGGAACAAUAGUGACAAUUUUCAUCAUUUGGUUUAGAAGAAGUAUUGCUAGAAAAUAUUAA